UGCCGAUGAUAAACUGCAUGUUAUCUGCCUCCUUAAAAUAAGUGCAAGGCAUGUGCGUCUAUUUCGGUAAUUUGGAAAUUGCGGCGCGCGUUCAAAUCGGCGAAAAUGUAAAAUGCGGGCGCUUAGGGGAGGCCCGAAGGCCCGGGUUGGCACUUUGCCCAUGGACAGCGUCCCCGACAGGUAGCUACCGAGCUUAUAAAAGCCCCGACAAACUUCGUCCGGCGCCCGUUCGUUUAGCAGCUUAGUACACGUUGCGCUCAUCCAUGGGGGCCUAACCACUUCGUGUUAGUUUUUAUUUAUACAAAGCGUUAUCGAGUGAUACGACUGGGACCACAAUUGUGAUAGCGAAGUGACUGACAAACACCAUGGAGGACGGACACACCAAAACGGUGGAAGAAGUAUUAAACUAUUUCAAUACCGACCCAGAACGGGGGCUCACCUUAGAUCAAGUCAAAAGAAACCAAGAAAAAUAUGGACCCAAUGAACUUCCAGCGGAAGAAGGAAAGUCCAUUUGGCAAUUAGUUUUAGAACAGUUCGAUGAUCUACUAGUCAAGAUUUUAUUGUUGGCCGCCAUUAUUUCAUUCGUUCUCGCUUUAUUUGAAGAACACGAUGGAGCUUUCACCGCUUUCGUAGAACCUUUCGUUAUUCUUCUCAUUCUUAUCGCCAAUGCAGUCGUCGGUGUCUGGCAGGAACGAAAUGCCGAAUCGGCCAUUGAAGCGCUCAAAGAGUACGAGCCCGAAAUGGGCAAAGUCCUCCGCGGCGACAAAUCCGGCGUCCAGAAAAUCCGGGCGAAAGAAAUCGUCCCCGGAGACAUCGUCGAGGUCUCCGUCGGCGACAAAAUCCCCGCUGAUAUUCGUCUAACAAAAAUCUUUUCGACAACUUUGCGCAUUGAUCAGUCGAUUUUGACCGGAGAAUCGGUCUCAGUCAUCAAACACACCGACGCUAUUCCCGACCCACGUGCCGUCAACCAGGACAAGAAAAACAUCCUCUUCUCGGGUACCAAUGUAGCGGCUGGCAAGGCACGUGGUGUUGUCGUUGGCACCGGCUUGAACACUGCGAUCGGUAAGAUUCGUACCGAAAUGUCCGAAACUGAGGAAAUCAAAACGCCGCUGCAACAAAAACUUGACGAGUUUGGCGAGCAAUUGUCGAAGGUUAUUUCUGUGAUUUGUGUCGCUGUUUGGGCCAUCAAUAUUGGGCAUUUUAACGAUCCGGCCCAUGGCGGGUCCUGGAUCAAGGGUGCUGUCUAUUACUUUAAAAUUGCCGUUGCCCUGGCUGUGGCUGCGAUUCCCGAGGGCUUGCCUGCUGUUAUUACGACUUGUCUGGCUUUGGGCACGCGCCGUAUGGCCAAGAAGAACGCAAUUGUUAGGUCACUACCGUCUGUUGAAACCCUGGGUUGCACUUCGGUCAUCUGUUCGGACAAGACCGGCACUUUGACCACCAAUCAAAUGUCCGUUUCGCGCAUGUUCGUGUUCGAGAAGGUUGAGGGUAGCGAUAGCAGUUUCCAUGAGUUUGAAAUCACCGGUUCGACGUACGAACCAAUCGGCGAGGUUUUCCUCAAAGGCCAGAAGGUCAAGUGUUCUGAAUACGAAGGUCUGCAAGAACUUGGCGUUAUCUGCAUUAUGUGCAACGACUCUGCCAUCGAUUUCAAUGAGUUUAAGCAAGCGUUCGAGAAGGUCGGUGAAGCUACCGAGACUGCGCUGAUUGUCCUGGCCGAGAAGAUGAAUCCGUUCCAAGUCACCAAGGCUGGUGAUCGUCGCCAGACGGCCAUUUGCGUGCGCCAGGACAUUGAGACCAAGUGGAAGAAGGAGUUCACGCUGGAGUUUUCGCGCGAUCGCAAAUCGAUGUCUUCCUAUUGUGUUCCUUUGAAGCCCUCGCGUCUGGGUAAUGGUCCUAAGCUGUUCGUUAAAGGUGCCCCUGAAGGUGUGCUCGAGCGGUGCACGCAUGCCCGUGUUGGUACCCAGAAAGUUCCUCUUACUAACACGCUCAAGAACCGGAUUUUGGAUUUGACGAAAGUUUACGGUACUGGACGGGACACUCUCCGUUGUCUUGCGCUUGCGACCGGCGAUAACCCGAUGAAGCCCGAAGAGAUGGACUUGGGUGAUUCCACCAAAUUCUACACUUAUGAAGUUAAUCUCACCUUUGUGGGUGUUGUGGGGAUGUUGGAUCCUCCACGUAAGGAAGUUAUGGAUUCGAUUGCCAGGUGCCGGGCGGCUGGUAUUCGGGUUAUUGUUAUCACUGGUGAUAAUAAGGCUACUGCUGAGGCUAUCUGCAGACGUAUUGGUGUCUUUACGGAAGAUGAGGAUACAACUGGAAAAUCUUUCUCUGGAAGGGAAUUUGACGAUUUGAGUCCGGCUGAACAAAAGGCCGCCUGUGCCAAAGCCAGGCUGUUCUCACGUGUGGAGCCCGCUCACAAAUCCAAGAUUGUUGAAUAUUUGCAAAGCAUGAACGAAAUUUCCGCUAUGACUGGUGAUGGUGUCAACGACGCCCCAGCCUUGAAGAAGGCCGAGAUUGGCAUUGCCAUGGGUUCUGGAACGGCCGUCGCUAAAUCAGCCUCUGAGAUGGUCUUGGCCGACGAUAACUUCUCGUCCAUUGUAGCAGCGGUUGAAGAAGGUCGCGCCAUUUACAACAACAUGAAACAGUUCAUCCGUUACCUGAUUUCCUCGAACAUCGGUGAAGUCGUAUCAAUUUUCUUGACGGCUGCUCUUGGUCUUCCCGAAGCUUUGAUCCCCGUACAACUUUUGUGGGUCAAUUUGGUAACUGACGGUCUCCCCGCUACUGCAUUAGGUUUCAAUCCACCCGACUUGGACAUCAUGUCAAAACCGCCCAGAAAAGCCGACGAAUCGCUCAUUUCCGGCUGGUUGUUCUUCAGGUAUCUCGCAAUUGGUGGCUAUGUCGGUGCUGCAACUGUUGGUGCUGCCGCCUGGUGGUUUAUGUACUCGCCUGAAGGCCCACAAAUGAAUUAUUACCAAUUGACUCAUCACUUGCAAUGCAUCAGCGGUGGGCCUGAAUUCAAAGGUAUCGACUGCAAGGUCUUCAACGAUCCUCAUCCCAUGACCAUGGCUCUCUCUGUACUCGUAACUAUUGAAAUGCUGAACGCUAUGAACAGCUUGUCUGAGAACCAGUCGUUGAUUGUCAUGCCCCCAUGGUCCAACUGGUGGUUGAUGGGCUCGAUGGCUCUGUCCUUCACCCUUCAUUUUGUUAUUCUUUACAUUGAUGUCUUAUCCGUUGUGUUCCAAGUGUGUCCAUUGACCGGAGACGAGUGGUUAACUGUAAUGAAAUUCUCAAUUCCAGUAGUAUUACUUGAUGAAACGCUCAAAUUCGUCGCAAGAAAGAUCACAGAUGGUGAGAGUCCAAUUUACACUGUGCAUUGGAUUGUACUAAUGUGGGCCGUUUUCUUUGGUUUACUGUGUGUGAGCCCCAUCUAAGUGUGACUGCCUCCUUGGUCGAGGACAGUGUUAGUGCGUAAACGGGUGUCAAUAGUAGGACCAACUUUUUUUCACUUAAUUUGUUUAUAUCAAGUGCCCUUGAUUGAUUGAUUAUCAAAAAAAAGUAAUAAAAAGUGCAGUUUUAAAUUAGAUUUUUAAUAAUGGGAUGGGUUAGGUUAACGCUUUGAAUACUGAAUCUCGUUUACUCACUAACUGUGCUACAUAACUCUGCUAGCGCCCCCUAGUACCCUAAGAACAGGCGUCUUCCAGCACCUCGUUCAAGGCAUGCCUCAUGCCUGUGAUCAAUAACAAGUGCAUGCCUUGAACGCGAUCGACAAGAACAGGCAAGUUGGUAAACCUCAAGUGUUGUGAUCAUAGACAAAAGCGAAUAAAAGUGCAUGGUUCAAUAAAACGCAACAAGACUGACAGUUUUGACCAGCAACGAAUGUUACAGACCAUACGAUAUGGCGUAAAUUAGUGAAAUUAAUACAAGCGAGAGCAUGAUGUUUGUUUGUUGAUCAGAAGUAGUUUCAAAUUUAUGGCGCGUUUCGUAGAGAUUUCGGUGAUAUUUUUAAUAGUGCUCGUCCAUUUUACUUAGAAACAUAGCCAUUCGUGUACUUAUGCAGUAAAUUUGAAAUUAUCACUGGUUCACGUCUCUUACCCCUUGAGUUGAAGCGAUUUUCGUAGAUUCAAUUUGUAUAACAAUUACAAAACAAUUUUGUGAUUUACUAGUUUAUUUAUUGGCGCGUCUUCGACGCGCUCGUCGGUGUUUCGGCAAAUAGUUUUCAUUUUCACAAGUAUAACACUGGAGGAAAGUCUUUUUAUUCAUUGGGGGAGGAUACAUGUCUUUCUUCCCCUGGUGUACAAAUAGCCACUGUGUGCAGUUUGAUUGAGAUUUCUAAAUAGGUUUUUCUUUGGAAACUGUUUGUCUUACACUAUGUAAACUGUUACAAAAAUGUACAUAUUUGUAAUGGGCAGUGUUAUUGAAAUAAUAAAGUUAUAAACGUUU